AAAAAACACUGCAAUUAUUCUGCUUUUGCUUUGCACGAAAGCGAAAAAUUGACAGGUAGUGUUCAUUGCCACUCAAGCCACUGUGGAAAGGAGCAUGUUAGAAACGAAGAUGAUGCAAUCCAUGAGCCAAAACACUGCAACCAUUCUACUUUUUCCUUGGAGGAAAGCAGAAAGUUGACAAGUACUGGUCAUUGCCACUCAACUCAAUGUGGCAAAGAUCAUAUUCACAAUGAAUCGUUAGGAGAAACGUUUGCCACAAGAUGUGAUCAUCAGCCCCACCAUAAUCAAGACAAACAAUCACCCCCUCAUCACACGACGAUUGAUAUUGUAGCGGGUUGCAACCGCACAGAAUCAGCCGCAACGAAUUCUUGCAUUGGCUCCCGGACAGCGGAAAAGGAAGCAUGUUGCUCAGAAUUAGUAGCAAUUCAUGCUUGUGUGUUGGAGAAAAGAGAAGUCGGUGGGUGCUGUAAAAGCUACAUGAAGGAAUGCUGUGGUGGUCAUGGGCAUGUUGGUUCUAGCUUUCAGGGUUGUUUAUCAGAAAUCACAAUGGAAUAGAUGUAACUGACUGAAAA